AUGGAUAAAAACAGCCUUGGAAGAACUUUUCACCCAAAAUAUUCUUUUUACAGAGGUGAUGGAAGUGGAAGAGACGAGUAUAUUUCUACCAAUAGUGGUGGCUUUUAUCAGAAUAGUCCAAAAGGGGAAGUAUUCCGAAGGACAGGAUCCAAUUUCACCAAAACUCAACAUUUUAAGCCUUCUCCUCGACUUUCUUCUCCAAUCUGAAGGUAUUAUUCAGAUGGGUCAGGGAGAGAUUACUAUAUAACUGUUAAUAGUGGAGGUCUCCAUGCAAGUGGGUACACUGGAGGUAAAAGGGAUCUAUUUAAAGAAGGAUUAAGGAACGGUGAUACCAGUACGAGUCCUCCGAAAACUGAUACGUUUUCAAAAACUAUGAGUUGUUGGAUUAAUCCAAAAAUGAGGGAAUUUACUAAAUUUCCAUUUUAUUCAAUAAUUUUAUUUAAAUAAUUUUAUAGUAGAGUUUCAUUAUAAUGCUUAUAUUUAUAUUUUAAAAUAUUUUUGAACCCUCAAAAAGUGCUUUCAUUAAAAAUGGGAUAUUUUCAAUAAAUUUACAGCCUAAGGGAAGUAAGCAAAGACAAGAAAAAGUGAAAACACUAGUAAAUAGACUAUAUCCAAGCCAAAGCAGUAAAACGAUUCCUACCACAAAAGAUAUAGGCUCCGCUCACCAGCGAAAAAUUUCAGCAAAAAAUAUAAUUAAGAAUGCUUAA